UGCGGAAGCAAAGCAUUCUGUACUGUGAAGUGUAAACCCUACAGAAAAACCCUAAUUUUUGCUCGCAAUAAAAUGGUUCGCCGAAAGGGCAGCAAAUCCGACGCGAAUCAGAGCUCGAGCAGCUUCGGCAGCUCGCAUCAGCUCCAGAACACUAAGAUUCGCUUCGAAGACCCCGAGGAUACCACCGAGAGCUCCAACCUCGACGACUCCAUGUCCGACCCCGACGGCCAUGAUAAACCUAUUGAUGACCCCGCCUGCGACCCUGAAGACGUUUCUAUUGUCCAAGACGAUGAUAAAACCAGUGCCGACUAUUACUUCGAUUCCUACUCUCACUUCGGUAUUCAUGAAGAGAUGUUAAAGGAUGUUGUGAGAACUAAGACAUAUCAAAACGUUAUUUAUCAAAAUAAAUUUCUAUUCAAGAAUAAAGUUGUUCUUGAUGUGGGAGCUGGGACAGGGAUUUUGUCCUUGUUUUGUGCAAAAGCUGGGGCAGAACACGUUUAUGCGGUUGAAUGCUCCCAAAUGGCUGACAUGGCAAAAGAGAUUGUUGAAGCUAAUGGAUAUUCUAAUGUUAUAACAGUUUUGAAGGGAAAAGUCGAAGAAAUUGAGCUUCCAGUCUCUAAAGUGGAUAUAAUUAUUUCAGAAUGGAUGGGUUACUUUUUACUGUUUGAGAAUAUGUUAAACACUGUCCUCUAUGCUCGUGAUAAAUGGCUGGUCGAGGACGGAGUUGUGCUACCUGACAAAACUUCUCUGUACCUGACAGCCAUUGAAGAUGCAGAGUACAAAGAUGACAAGAUUGAAUUUUGGAAUAAUGUAUACGGCUUCGAUAUGAGCUGCAUCAAGAAGCAAGCCUUGAUGGAACCCCUUGUUGACACAGUUGAUCAGAAUCAAAUUGUUACCAACUGCCAGCUACUUAAGACGAUGGAUAUCUCCAAGAUGGCUCCUGGGGAUGCGUCCUUCACGGCUCCCUUCAAGCUUGUAGCAGAACGUGAUGAUUACAUCCAUGCUCUUGUAGCAUAUUUUGAUGUAUCAUUUACUAAGUGCCAUAAGUUGACAGGCUUCUCUACAGGUCCAAGAUCAAGGGUUACUCAUUGGAAGCAAACAGUCCUGUACCUGGAAGAUGUGCUGACCAUAUGUGAAGGUGAAACAUUAGUUGGGAACAUGAGUGUUGCUCAAAACAAGAAAAAUCCUCGCGACGUUGAUAUAAUGCUCAAGUAUUCCUUGAAUGGUCGGCGUUGCGUGGUGUCGAGAAUUCAAUAUUAUAAGAUGCGCUAGGAUUUGGGUUGCCAAUUCUUUCCGUUAUAGAAGAACUUGAGAAAGUGUUGGGUUAGAGAUCGUUGCACUUCCCACUAAGAACGGUUCAAAAGUGGGGCUAGUUUUCAUCAGGAAGAGCAACUUCUCUGUAAUUUCAGAUUCCAAAGGAUAAUAGUGUGAUGUAUAACGCUAAAAAAUUUUGGAAUUUCAUUUGUAUUCACUGCUGCUCAAUUAAUUUGUCACGUUUCCGUGUGAUUGAUGCAAGUUAUAUCGUGUU